UUAGUUGCUCUAUAAACUUUAGUUAUCUGUACCAUGAACUUUGGCGCCAAGCUGUGGAGUCACAAAAGUUGAGAUUGCAGAGUAUGAACGUGGCUUCUUCGAUUGGUCUCUCCGCAAAGCCCAAUCUUUCCCAUUUUCAUUCUCUGUUCAAAUAUUAUAUCGACACCAAAAUUCCAAGACGGGCACUGCUUACUUUCCGCGAAUUGUUGGAUUACAAUGAGAAACCCAAUGAGUUCACUUUCGCAUUGCUUGUCAAGGCAUGUGCUUCUUCUUGUUCCUCUUCCUUUGGAUUCAAAGCAACGCUUGAAGCAAAUCAGAUUCAUACCCACUUGAUCAAAUCAGGUGCUGAUCAAUUUGUGCACCUCAGUACUGUUCUUCUCGAUUUCUAUAUGAAGUUGGGGUGCUUGACAGUUGCACAGCAGGUGUUUGAUAAUAUGCCCGAGAGAGAUGUUGUGUCUUGGAAUGCUUUGAUUUGUGGAUUUUCGAGAAAUGGGUAUCAUUUUGAUGCGGUGGAUCUCUUUGUUCGGAUGUGUAGAGAGGGAUUUAGUCCUUGUCAUACGACUUUGGUUAGUUUGGUUCCGUCUUGUGCUAGACAUGAGUUGAUCUUCCAGGGGAAAACCAUUCAUGGGUUUGGGAUUAAGUCCGGGCUCGAUUUGCAUUCACAGGUGAAGAAUUCACUUACCUCUAUGUAUGCGAGAUGUGCGGAUUUGGAAGCUGCUGAGAGCUUGUUUCAAGAGAUAGUUGAAAAGAGUGUGGUUUCUUGGAACACCAUGAUUGGUGCCUAUGGCCAAAAUGGUUUCUUCAGUGAUGCAAUGCUUUACUUCAAACAAAUGAGGGAGGGAAAUGUUGAAGCAAAUGAGGUUACCAUGGUGUGCCUCCUCUCAGCAAAUGCUAAUCCAGAAUCCACUCAUUGUAUGGUGAUUAAAACUGGUCUCAUCAACAAAUGCUCUGUAAAUACUUCACUAGUUUGUGAAUAUGCAAGACGUGGCAAUUCAAAGUCAUCAGAAAUGCUUUACAAGUCAUUACCCCAGAGAAACUUGGUUCCCUUAACUGCAAUUCUAUCUAGCCACGCAGAGAAAGGUAACAUGUCAUCUGUGAUGGAAUGGUUUGCUCAAUUACAGCAGUUAGACAUGAAACCAGAUGCAGUCACUAUGGUUAGCAUUCUCCAUGGGGUUACUGACCCUGCUCACUUUGGCAUUGGACUUGCCUUCCACAGUUAUGGGCUCAAGAGUGGGUUGAGUAUUGAUAAUCUUGUUGCAAAUGGGUUGAUUAGCAUGUACUCAAAGUUUGACCACAUAGAAGCUGCCUUUUCCUUGUUUUUUGUUAUGCGUGAAAAGCCAUUGAUUAGUUGGAAUUCUUUGAUUUCUGGCUGUGUGCAGUCUGGAAGGGCAACUGAUGCUUUUGAGGUGUUCUGUCAAAUGAAGAUGCAUGGACAUGGUCCAGACGCUAUUACUAUUGCUACUUUACUGUCUGGGUGUGGACAACUUGGACACUUGCAAUUUGGGGAGAGACUUCAUAACUAUGUCUUAAGAAACAACAUAAAAGUUGAGUCUUUUGUCGGAACUGCUCUUAUUGACAUGUACACCAAAUGUGGAAGAAUAGAGCGUGCUGAAAAUGUGUUUAAGAGCAUCAAAGAUCCAUGCUUGGUGACAUGGAACUCAAUGAUUUCAGGUUAUAGCUUAUACGGUUUUGAACAUAAAGCUCUCUCUUGCUUCUCUGAAUUACGGGAACAAGGGCUAAAGCCAGAUCACAUCACUUUUUUGGGUGUUUUAGCUGCCUGCACCCAUGGGGGUCUUGUUCAUGAAGGAAAAAAAUAUUUUGAAAUUAUGAGAAAGGAAUUCAAUGUAAUGCCAGGGCUGCAACACUAUGCUUGCUUGGUAAGUCUGUUAGGUCGUGCAGGCUUGCUUGAGGAGGCAUUGAUACUGAUAAAAGACAUGGAGAUAAAACCUGAUUUUGCUGUGUGGGGAGCUUUGCUUAAUGCUUGUUGCAUCCAUCAAGAGAUCAAGCUUGGGGAGUAUCUGGCUAAGAAGUUAUUUCUCUUGGACAACUCAAGUGGGGGAUUCUAUGUGUUGAUGUCAAAUCUUUAUGCUAUUAAAGGAAAGUGGGAUGAAGUAGCCAAGGUGAGGAAGAUGAUGAGAGAAAGUGGAGGGGAUGGCUGUUCUGGUAUUAGCGUUAUUGAGGUCAAUUCAUUGCAAUAUAUGAAUACAACUUUCUCAAACGAUGCUGAGAUGGGUAAUUCUCAUAGUCAUCGUGAGGAUCUUGAAAUCUCCAUUUCCAACAGGUGAAGAAUUGAUACUGCUACUAGAUAGUCCUCAAGGAUGAUUCCAUUGUGGAUGGUCACUUCAUGCACAAAAAAAUAUGCAGUCACUGAUUCACCUGAGGCCCCACCGGUUAUAGCAAACUCCCAUGAAAGUCAGUAUCUUAAGCAUAUUCAGUAUGCGAUGGCAUUUGGAGGCCUGGCCGUUCAUGUAUUUUCAGAUUUUCUGCGUGCAGCAGGAGUCAGUAGUUUACCACUUUAAUACAAAGCUGGUGCAGUUAAAUAGGGAUUUGCCAAUACAGAGACUUUGUUCAUUGCCCAUCUAAUCUUGAUGGGAUUUGUUGAAACAAAAAGAUACAUGGAUUUUGUUAGCCCUUAGUCUCAAGCCAAGAAAAGAUCAUUUUCCGGGUUGGAAGUUGCUUUAGAGGAUCUAGAACCUGGAUAUUCGGAUGGCCCUUUACUCAAUCCUCUUGGUUUGGCAAAAGAUAUAAAGAAUGGUCAGGAUUCCAAGCUCAAGGAGAUUAAAAAUGGAUGCCUUGCAUUAGGUGGCCAUGCUUGGCUUCUCUGUGCAAGUUUCAGCAACUCAUGUUGGGCAAGUUGAAAAGCUUUUGGAGCACCUCUCUGAUCCAUGGCAGAAAACUAUUUUUCAAACCUUAGCUAACUCUAGCUCUUGAAUAUGUCACAAGACCUCAUCUUCCAUUUAUAUUUUUUUAAUGUUUGUUUAGUCAUUCUUCGUUGUGCACAUUUAUGACCAAUGAUUUUAAUACAAGUUGCAUUCUUUUCAUAUA